AUGGCAUCACGUUUGGCAAGAAGCGCUGUAGGCGCCGCUCGUCUUCGACCUGCAUUCCCAACCCGAGCCCUCCCGGCGCUCACAACUUCUCUCACAAGCUACCGAUCAGCCUCAAGUGUGCCAGUGGAGGACCCCAAGAAGAAGGCACAGUCAAUCAUCGACUCGCUGCCAGGUAACUCGCUCAUCUCCAAGACCGCCAUCCUAUCGUCAACAGCCGGUGUCGCCAUGUACGCUAUCAGCAACGAAUACUAUGUUGUGAACGAGGAAACCAUUGUCGCACUGUGCUUGUUGAGCGUCUGGACUGCUGUUAUUAAGUAUGGAGGACCAUUGUACAGCGAAUGGGCGCAAGGCCAGGUCAACAAGGUCAAGGGCAUCUUGAACGCUGCUCGUGCCGAUCACACCGAGGCUGUCAAGACACGAAUCCACAGUGUUCAGCAAAUGAGCGGUGUUGUUGACAUCACCAAGACUCUUUUCGAGGUUUCAAAGGUGCGUAAUGGAGCUACUGCUGUACAAGUUGAUGCUGAUAAUUUUCAGGAAACCGCACAGCUUGAGGCUAAGGCCUACGAACUCGAACAAUCCACUGCCCUCGCCGCGGAAGCCAAGACAGUUCUCGACUCAUGGGUUCGAUAUGAGGGACAAGUCAAGCUCCGUCAACAAAAGGAGCUCGCUGAGAGCAUUAUCGCCAAGAUCACCAAGGAGCUCGAGAACCCCAAGGUCCUUCAACAAAUCCUGCAACAGAGUAUUACCGACGUUGAGAGUAAGCAAUCUUAG